CAGCCGAAAAUGGCGGACGAAAAUGUUUAUUACGGGAGCUGGAAGAUUGCGAAGUGUCUGUCACUGGCAGACGGAAGAGAAGUGUCAAAUAUCGACGGAACCGUGUUUACGCUAGAUGAAGCGGGUGACCUGACCUGGAAGAUUCCGGAGAAUGCCGAAUCCAUGCCAUUCUUCAACUACGAAUCCUUUGAGGUAUUCCUUGGGAACCCUCACUACAUCAGAUUUUUUGGGACGUUUGCUGGUCACGUAAUAGAGUUCAGAGUUGCCCACUCAGACGAAGAUUCCAUCAAUCUGAUCUACGAAGGCUGGUUUCUGCUCCAGUGUGAGAGGCUUUCCGAAAGGGAAAGCCGUCGAGACGAACCAUUUGGCUACCUGCGAGCGCUUGAAGAGGGAUAUUUCGCUGACCUUGUCAUCACUGCUGCUAAUGGGAAACAGUUUCACGUUCACCGUACCCUCCUAAAGCUGGGGAAUGCUGAAGUGGACUGGGGAGGUGGAGGCCCUCUGGAGGGUCUUCCCGAGCCCCUGGUCUGCGUGGCCCUCCACUUCUUGUACGGGGGUUGCCUUCCCCCCAGCGGGAGCAUGGACGAAGCAAUGGCUCGUGACUGCCUGGCCACCCUGGGGUCCGUGCCAGGUUUUGGUCAGCUGGCACGACUGUGUAAUCUCCACCUGCGCCAGGCUGCUCUUAAGCAGCAGGUGGUGUCGCUGGUGACCGAAGUACACACGUGUGCGGAAAAUGUGGUGGACUACUUCAGUGGAGCAAAAGGGGCCACAGAAGGAGCUGCAACGCCUGCCCACCUCUGUUUCAUUGCAGGACGGGCCCUGAGAGAAUGCGCUGUAGGUUGCUCCAAGUUGUUGCUUCUGUGCCACCUCUUCUCGAAGCAGAAGAGCGAGCUCUCACGUGAAGAGCGUCACGAAAUCAUCAAAUACUGCGUUUCCAGGUUGCCAACCUUCAUGAAUCAGCUUCAAAGGCUUCUGGAGGCAAUAAAGAAAACGUUUGGAAACUAUCUCGGUGCCGAGAGGGCCGUGUUGGCCGCGUACCUCGUGCCAGAGAUCGAAUCCUCUCUGGAAUCCCUCUUCCAACUAGUCACCGAGGCCAAAACGGCUCUCGAAAUUCUCGUGUCUCGUUCUGGGAGCGAUAUCUCUGCCAGUUCGGAUCGGGAGUUCGGUAAGAGGGGUGCGGACUUGGAUGUCAGCCGCUCACUCAGGCACUCGUUGCACAUCCGAGAACAGAUGAAGAUGAGGGGCUUCUGCGAGAAGGUGGCAGUUACAUUUGGGCGACUCAUGCGAAAAAAAGAAAGUUUCUGUGAGAUGGGAGCAUCGAGCAAGGUGAGGUCCGUGUCCAAGAAAUUGGAGCAGUUCAUCGGAGAGAUACCCGUGCUGCUGUUGCGCAUCGAGGAGCUUCGGUCGGCUGUGGUCGAGAAACAGAGCUGGAAGGAGUGGAAGUUCCUUUUCAAAUUGGGCACUUCAAAAGUUACGUGGGUUCUGAACCAGAUAGUGGCUCAUCGAGAAGCUCUUCAGACUACAGUAGUCCACCUGACAGACCUCAUUGCACGGGACCAGUUUUCAGCAGCUCUUGCUCAGCUGGGUAUCCUGGAGACUGGUGCUCCACCAGACGCGAGGGACAGCAAUCCCUUCGAGGCUUCCCAGAUGGACGUUCCUGCAGAAGCCGAUGUCUCCAGUCAGCGAGAACCCCCAAUGGAAUCCUUGUACCGACCCCUCCUGGCAAGGGACAGCCCACUAGCCCACAAUAGCCUUCACUUGCUGCGGGAAGGAACGGACACGGACAUGAUGUUCGAAAUAGUUGUCCGUCAUACACCGUCUUCUGCCCCCUUCUCUCCAGAAAGAGAAAGCCCACCACCAGAGAGCCGGCAAGAGAGUACCCGGCUAGUUGCAGCACAUAGGGCCAUUGUGGCAACGAGAUGCGAAUGGUUCAAGAAAGCCCUGCUCAGCGGCAUGCGCGAAUCCAUUCACAGGAAAAUUGUAGUUCAUGACACCACUCCAGAGGUGUUUGGUCUGUUUUUGGAGUACCUCUAUUGUGGCUUCCUCAACACUGACGAACUCGGUGCAGAACAACUCUCCGAGCUCAUGCAGUUGGGAGACAGAUACGAGGUGGACAGGUUAAAGCUGAUAACGGAAGACUCCCUCAGAGACCACAUCGAUGAGGACUCUGCUCUGUAUCUUCUCAACCUAGCAGAUCAGCUCAAUGCCAGGCAUCUAAGAAAUUCUGCGUUGGAAUUUAUCGCCCUGAACAAGGACAUGGCAAAAAGCGAAGUCUUCCACGACCUUCCAGAGGACCUACAGUCCGAGGUCAUGGAGAUGGUCACAUGGUUCGAGUUGAGGAGUUCGCAACGACCGGAGGAGACGUCCUACGCCAGGUACUUCGAGCCGGACAGCCCCAGCUCCGCUUCCUCCAGCCUGCUAGACGUGGACGAGUUUGCUUCUGUUCUGACGCUUUCUCCUAGCGAGGAGAAUGUUCCGGAGAAUGUGGGCGGCGAUGAAGCCUCCCCACCGGAUGAGGCCCUGGGACGAGACGCGGCACAACUGGAACUCUGCGUGGAGCUCCUGCGUGACGUGGUGGGCGCUGCCGUUCCUCGAGACGACCUGGUGCGUGUCUCCCUGGCUGCAGACUACGACCUCAACCGUGCUUUGAACUUUUUCUUCUCCUGAGCGUACCCAAAGGACUGUAUAUUGCGCAAGGAAGAUCUGGAGGCCAGUCUCGUAGACACUCCCACCCUCUGGGAAGCAUACAUUCCUUAACAGAGGCUUCUGCUAGUCAUAUGCUGACCUGUAGGCCUAAUUGUGAAGGUAACAAGUCUCGUUGCUGCGUUAGCCAAAGCACAGUCGGUUGGUAGUAAGGUGGAGGCAAAUCUUUGUUUUCUCGUGAGCAGCGUCUGACAGUGACACUACUCUUCUAGGCACACGACUAGUGUCGCUACUAGUCCGGUUACGACAAUGUGUGUCAGGCGGUGAAAGAGAAGUGUUCCAGCAUGAUCAUGUUUCUAUGUAGAGUAGUAUUUUUCCUUUUCCCUGAGUUACUUCAGGUAGUAUUUUCACAUGAUCCUGUACUGCACACAAGCAUAAUUGUCUCAGUGUGGUCAUGUUAUGGUGGAACAGGGCAUGAACGCUCAGAGACAGGCCUGCGUGCAGUCGUGUUAGUGGCAUGCCCCAGCAUGUGUGGACACUGUGAUAUUCAUUGCUUGCAGCAUGCCAAGAGGGAAAUUCUAUAAAAAUCGGGUGAUGUGCAUUGCAAUAUCCUAACACGUCACCACCUAAACCUGUGACGAAAAAUUAUAGUUUACUUGGGAACCAAAGAAUUUGAACGGGAAACUAUUUGUGCUCCAGUGCGCUAAGAGCUAAAAAGAGUUAAAAUUAUUUGGUACAUGAGCACAUGUUCACGUGUGCAUGUGCAAUGUUAUGGAAGCCUUCCGAGCAUAGUGAGAUGUUGAUGUGCUUUCAUUUAGGAUGUGUUUGAACUGAACGUACAAACUGCAACGUGAUUAGCUAGUCGACUGACAUCGAUGACUUUUUAAUUACUAUCGUGAAUUGUUUUAUUUUACCGUAAUUCCUCCAGUCAGCAGUUUGUUCAGGUGGGAAGGUGAGAGGUGUAUAUGACAUGGUUGAAAUUUUUAAUGGCUGUACUUGCUUUAAAGCUUUGCUUUGCUUUGCUUUGUGGCUGCAAAAGUUGUACAUAAGAUCGGCUCUCUGUACAAGGUGUAAGGAGUAGUAUAAGGACGACUUUGCUUAUGGCUACCGUAUUAAUUCGAAUAUAAUGCAACGCGUGAUGAAAAUCGCGGGCAAAUCCCUGCUCGCGGAGACGCUAUCGUGUUUUACCACAACAAUGACAUCGCUUAACAAUGUUUGGUAUUAAAAAUCAAUAUUUUUUUCAACGAGACAUAUAUCGAAGGCACAUAAACAAUGUGGCAGACACCUCAUAACACUGCCUUCACACAUAGUGCGUCUAAUAACUUAAAGCAUUUCACACCGUUCGCUUGCCACAUCUUGACGCAUCUGACUGGCAGUGCUGUGGUGAGCUUCCUCCCAUGGUAACGUGAAGAUUCCACUUCGCAUUGUAUGCGGAUAAAUACGGUGUGUGCAGAAGAGUGCCACGUCUCGUCUCCGUGUAUAGAUUCGAUAACUCUGCGCUGGCCAUGUUUGGGACUCUGCGUAACGUUUCUUUUCAAUACUGUUUCUACACGCGCACGUUCCGUAAAAAGCGUUAUUAUUGUAAUUUCACGCGUAUAAGCCGAACCGCAGGUAAGCCGCGGGACGCGUUUUUAGGGACGUUUUGAAAAUUUUCGGGCGGAUCAGCCGCACCCGUAGAUAAGCCGCGUGCAAUACGAGACGACUGAUUUGUGCGACAAAGGAGACCGUAGGGAAGGCCAUAAACCCUGUGGUCCAUACUCUGGGAUCGGCAUAGUGCACAACAGAGGAGAUCAGUUCUAGUGUUCUAUGAAGAUCGGAUUGUGCCCUUGUUGGGCGUUUUUCGUGGAUUGAUGGGUCAGUGGUCUUCCAGAAGACGUCAAUCACAGUCACCACUUUCGUUAAAGCUGCUUGUGGGAAUGCACCAAGAAGAUCAAUCUACUCGAACGUGGACCCGUCCCUGUUACGCACUGUUCGUGCAUCGGCAGGGCGGUGCUGUUCCAGAGACAGUGUCGGCCCUUUCGUUAAAAUCGGCGUAUGGGGAAAAUACCAGGAAAAAAUAGUCAUCUGAUAAGCCGCGGAGCGCCGUUGAGAAAAAAAAUAAAAAUCGCGCAUAAGCUGUGACUAAUACGCGUGAAAUUACGGUAAUUUAAACAAGUUUAGCACCGUGCAGUCUUGCGUUGCAUUGUUAGAAGCCAGGCUUUCUUAGUGAACAUAUUUCGCUAUCUCUACGCGUGUGAAGCUAUAAAAGUGAAAGAAAUGUACAGGUAUGAACCGGUGGCGCAGUUGCUGGCCAUCACAAUGUUAGAAUGACACUGUAAACACGAUCGCUAUGAGGAAUUUGCUAUUGUCCGAUAUUACAAUUGUUCCUUUUCUCUUCUUUUGUGUAUCCCACCUCUUCCUCCCCGUUCCAUCUGCGACAUUCCAGGUGGAAGUAGACUUUUUAAUGGAUGGAUUCUUGAUGUGGAGAAGUCAGUGCCAUCUUUUUGUGUGCAUGAAUCUCAAUCUUCAUUCUUUACAUGACUGUUCAUGUUGCUGUACAAGGUUUUGAGCACUUUCGGUGGUGCAUACAUGCACAGUUCUUGGUCCGUUGUCUCAUGCAAGUUGACAGUACGGAGUGUUGUUUGCUUUCUUAACUGUGCCUAUAAUACCUGUGUUUGCUGCAGUGUUCAAAUUGUGCAUUUUACCUUCCUGCUUCUCAGAGUCUGAAUGUUCUAGAGUGGUUUGGCAGUCAUACUCCACAUUGUUUGUAUGUGAUAUUUUGAUAGUUCCGUCUAGAUUAUAUUUACAAUAUUUGCUAUGGUGUUUAUGUUCAUGCCCUGUAUAUUUAUAUAGGUUUUGUUAACUAUUCCGUUAUUUUAUGGUACCAUAGUGUUCGCCUGCAGUUGAGUACUGUUGAAAUAUAUUGUUUUCUGGACAAUUUUUAUCAUAGAAUCUGCAAACUUUUUGUGCCCUUUGCUGUAUUAUUCUAGUCAGCAUUUUUACUGACAUUCCUGUGUUUGCUGCUGACACAUUCUGACAAGUUGAAAUAAAAUUUUAGAAUGU